CUAGUCAAUGAUUUGUGGAGGGAGGAGAUCGCACACGGGGAGGUGAAGCAACGGUUUUUAAUUUACAUUUUCAUCUUUUUCUUCUGUUCUUAACUUCCUUCAUGCCAAUUUUCUGACACUCUUGUUCAUCAACCAAACAAACUGAAAGAAAAACAGUCGACUAAAGAAGCAUCAGAAGAGGAGUCUGUUGAAUAUGGCGGUCAGGUGUUGCUGAGGAAAUCCCAGCAGAACUUCACGGAGGAAUCAUUGGAUACCUGAGGAACAGUCUCUUUUACCGAUGGCAUCCUGUGUAGUGAAUUUUGUCUUGUGUUUGCUACCAUCCCUGCUCUUCUUGCUGCUGUCUCUGGCUCUGCGCUGGCCCUGGGUAAGCUGUUGGACACGUCUGGCUGUAAGAGCUGCAGGCUUGAGACUGUGGGUCAUAAUUUGUCUCAUUUUGGAUCUGCCACUCAACAAGAAUACUACAACACAGACCACAGAAGCUGGGUCAGCAGGGACAGAUAUUUUGUCAGGGUCAGGUCAGAGCUCAGAUGGCCCCCGGCUCAUCUGUAAACCGACUGCGUUGGCGAAUUAUCUGCUCCAUCACUGUGGCUCACUGGCCAGGCCCAGACUGGCCUCCUGGCCAAGAGGAGACCCCAACAUCCAGACUCUAUCCAGCCUGCUCGAUCCAUCUCAUGGAGACAUGUUACAGUUCACCAGGGACCAUCUGCUGUUGAAAGAUGGAGGGAUUGUGGCUCUGGACUGGGCUGUGGGACUCAGACCGACUGAGAGGAGGAGGUGGGAGGGAAGGAAGGAGAUCCAGGCUGGAGGGAAGACGAUUGGCUGCUUCUCCACUUCCCCUCCUGUACUCCUCCUCAUCCCUCAGUACUGGGGAGGGAUGACGCCCCACUUGCAGGCGCUGUGCCAGCAGGCUAUACAUCAGGGAUUUUAUGUAGUGGUGUUUCACCCUCGAGGCACAGCAGGCUGCCCACUGACCACAGCUCGACUCACUGAGUUUGGAGACCCGGCUGAUCUGGAGCAGGUAAAGAAAGAACCACAUAUUCUGAUUUACAACUGUUGGCAGGUUAACAUUGUGUUUAUAUCCUGAGGGUUCAGAGCAAAGUACUUAUUACUUUUGCCAGGAUUUAAAACACCAGAUGCCAAUGCUAUAUUGUUUAAAGGGGGGAAAGAAAAUGGCUUUGAUUUGCCAAAUCAAAGCAUUGCUAACAUGCUAGGACAGAUCAUGAACGAACAUAAGUGCAGUUUCAGUGAAUGUUAAUUUACCUGACAGUGAAACUAUCUUUGAUAUUUUCUAUUUCCAGGCCCUGGCUUAUGUCCACAGCCGCCACCCGUCCUCUGCUCUCUUCGCAGUCAGUGAGGGUUCAGGAUCAGGGACUCUCUUGUCCUACCUGGGGGAAAGUGGAUCAAGUUCCUACCUGACAGCAGCAGCAGCCAUCUCACCUGUUCUCAUGGGGCAGCAGUGGUUUGAGACAGCUCUGCCGCCUGUUUACCACUGGGGAGUUUUAUUUCAGCGCAAAAUGCAGCUCAGAAGGUGAGAAUUUUUUUUAAUGUUGCAACACAGUCUUUUUAUGCCAUAUCAGGAUAUAGAAACUAUUUCAGUGGGGUUAUGAGGGCCAAAGAUGGAGGUCAACAUGUUGGAAAUGGUGACUCCAGGAAAAUUUGGGCUGAGGCAGAAGAAAGGGGAAGGCAUAACCCUGAAGCCUGGCAAAUUACACAUCGACCCGCUACUGAUAUUAUCAGCGAUCAAUAAACAUUUUUUAUCUUUUUGGUGAUGUCUGAGAAUAAAUCUGUUCCUCUUUGCUCUACAGUUUCACACAAAUAGUUGCUACAAAAACUAAUUUGUGAGUUAUCGAAGAUAAUGCUUGAAUUUGAAGUUUGGGCAAUUAUCAGUCUGUAUUUUUAUAAGAUUCAUAACCUACAAGGCAGUAGUGUAACUUUUUACGACAGUAUUUGAGGUCUGAAAUCAGGACAGGCUUGUCUCUGUAACGUCACCAAACUGAAAAUGUUGUUUUGUUUUUUUCACCAGAUAUGCAAGUUCCUUCAGAGAGUCACUGAAUGUGGAUCAGAUUCUAAGAUGCUCCUCCCUCAAAGACUUUGAGGAAACUCUCUUCUGCUCUGUUGAGGCCGAGCCUCAGCAGACGGAGCCUAGACCUUCAAUGAGCUCUCAGAGUCCAGGACUGAGCUCAGGAUCUUUCCCCUCUCAAAGUCGGCCCUCCUCAGUAGCCUGGGCUCUGGGUGAGAGGGCCUACCUAGCGAAGGACUGGGAGAGGUACUGGGAGAGGAACGAACCUCUGAGAGACGCAGAUGAGGUUGCAGUGCCUGUUCUCUGUAUCUGCAGCUGUGACGACCCCCUGCUCCUGCCUGCCUCCUCCUUGCCUGUCCCCCUUUUCCAGAGCAACCCUUACUUCCUGCUGGCUUUGACGGACAGAGGAGGGCACUGCGGGUUCACUCUGGAGGGUCAAGAAGAGGGGGUGAAAGGAGGGAAGACAGGAAACGUGGAAAUGGAGGAGGACAACUGGAGUCACGUUGUGGUUCUGGAGUACUUCAGAGUAGUGGCAGAGUUCCUGAAAAGGGAGGAAAGAGAGAGCGCAAUCUUUGGGAGUCAACCAGAGGAUUUUAGUCACACUGGGAUGUGGAGCAGGGCCAGCAGCGUGGUUCCACCUCGCCGAAGAAGGAACGCAGGGAUGAGGAGACCCCGAACGCUGGCACAGGAGCCGGGCAGCGUGGACACAGAGGAAAGUGACUUCACCUGGAAGAGGUCCUACACUCGCUGAGGAUGGAAGGACAAGAGAGAAAUCUGCAAACAGAAGUUUUUGUUUUCUUUGAGAGUUCAGUGACAUAAAAGACACAUCCAGAAAAGAAAUGCAGCAAAAUGCCUCGACAUGACCUCUGGCUAACAAACACGACCUUCAAAGCUUUAUUUAUCUUAAAAAGUUACAAAGAAUUAGAACUUUUUAAAUGUUUUCAUGUUUAAAAAACAAGUUUCUCUCAUCUGCUUAGAUAAAACCACCUUCAAAGAAAGUUAAAAAGCAGGUUGAACAAAAUUGUAGAUCCGUAACACCUAAAUAAAAAUACCUCAGACAUUAAGAACAAAACUAUGUGAGAAGAUUCUCACAGAUUCUUAAAAUAUUUACCCAAAAUUAAUUUCCAUGUUCUUAAAAAAAACACACAAUGGGACAAAGAAAUAUUAAAAUUACUUUAUUACAGACGAUUUUUUUUGUCCAGUAGCCCUCUUCCAACAAAAAAAAAGUAAUUACAAACAAAAUAUUACAUUUAUCCCCUAAACUUUGUUUCUGAAUUUCUUUUAUACAUUUUAAAUCACUUUGUCAUCUGUGAGGAAUAGCUUUUUCUCUUCUGCUAUGCAACAUUCAGCUUUUUGCACAAUCUAUACAAUUUAAUACAGUUUAAUACAGGUCUCUGGACUACGGAGAAUAAAACAGCAAGAUCCACCAAAUGACAGGAGAAAUAAAGGGAAUACUGAUAAACAGACUAUACAGAGAUGUGCUCCCCCUCCUGUCUACUUUCAGCCAAUAGCAGAGGAGGGGUCACAGCAGACCCUUUGAUCUGGUCAAUCACUUGUGCAAUCAGUGCAACUGAUCCAGUUCAGAGUGACCAAGGUCUAAAGCUAGGCUCUGCCCCGACCGUCUGCAAAACACGUGGGGGUUCUAGUAAACACAGGAGAGGGUUUAAAUAAAAGUUGCCACUGGUUUGGCCAGACACCAUCUGAAACAUAAAACAAUCCUUUCAGGGAUAAAAGGAAAUAAAACACUAAAGAAGCCGAGAACAGAUCAGUAAAAGAUGUGGGGUCCAAUGGCAUACUGGCUGAAGAGAGAAGUGAAACCUCCACAUUCUGUGGGUUUUUUCUUUUCUUUUCUGUUUCAGAGCUGAGCCGAGGAAACCAGCUGAGUAUCAGUUCCGAGUGCAUGGUGGUAUGAUUUAUCAAGGCAAUACUUAAGUGCAGUGUGAGAAUGCUUUGUGUAAAACCACAAGAGGGCGCAACUUUCAUCAAUCAAAAUAAAAGUCCAAACACUAUCAGUGGACCCCACAACAUCUAGAGUAACCCUUGGUAGAUUUCAAACAAUAUAUUUUCACUGUCUUGUGCAAGAAUUUGGAAUGACUUUCAGGUUCUGGAGUGUGCCGAAUAUCAUCGAUGCAGACGCAAUUCUUACAGAGUGUGUUUUUGAAAACAAUCUUUUCUUAUUCUUUCUUACUAAACCUUGAAUUUAGGUCUGAAAGUCUUAAAACAAAGAAAUCUUACAUCCAUGGGUUAGGUUUUCUAUAUUGGGAAUCAUCAAAGUGUCAGUAAAAUACAGCCAGUGCAAAAGCAAUGGCUACACAUAACUACAUUUGAAAUGAUGUGCAAAAUCACUCUUAUUCAGCAUUAACAAAAUGUUGCCGUUUCUCAAGGCAAUCUGACCUAGAGUUGUGUUGUUACCAUCCACAACAGAAUAUCUGUAACAUGUUUGUGAACUCGCAGCUGCAAGGAAGACAGCAAAGACCCAGCGGCUGUAAGUCGUGUGAACACCACUGGUGUAAAACCAUGUCACUGUGUCUGUAUCACAACAGGUUAGUUUGACUCUGAUUUGUCGAUUAGAUUUCCAUAUUUUUAAAUUCAAAAUAUACAAUAUUAACAGGUUUUCUGUACAUUCCACCUCUGAGACUCAUAAUGCAUCAUUUCUGCAUUUUACAAUAAGACUUCCACCUUUAUUUCUCUAGAACCCUUCUCUUUGAAUAGAUUUAUAUUAUAAUAAUAAUACAUUUCCUUUUUUUUCUUUACUUUCUCUAAAAGAGUUCCUCCCAUAGGAGUUGGGGAGGAGGUGAUGGCCACACAGAGCUCACACAGGGUAGAUACAGAGUUAGAAAGGGAGGGGGGGCUCUGUGGUCAGAACGUGGGUGAGACAGAGCGGGGUGUCAGAAGGGGGAAAGUCGCAGGGGCAUGGCAGCGGAGAUCACAGCAUCACCGCCCAUCAGCCGACACGCUCAGCCGUCACCCACCAGCAGGGAGCGGGAAGCGGCUCUUUCUGCUUCCUGUUUGUUCAGUAAGCCCCUCCAAAUGAUCUUUAUAAAACUCAAAACAACACACACACACACACACAGAUACUUUGUAGGCAGCUGAGACGCCGAUUCAAGCUAACGACUGCUAGGUGCGCAACUUACCAGUUUUCACUACAUUUCCCAACCUACAUGCAUUCAUCAUCCAAGUGUGCAAAGGGAAAAACUCUCCUCUGGGGAAUUCAAUUUCACUUUUUUAAGUGUUUGUGUGAAUAUAUGUGUGUGUAUGUGUGUGAAUAAUCAUUGUUAAAUCACCUCACCCUACUGUGCUGUUGUGAAGCUCUACUUUGAGGUAGGCUAACAGGCGUGGUUAUAUUCAGCAUCACCAAUUUAGACCAAGAAAUUACUGCAAACAAGGAACCGGUGAACACCACUUUGUCGACUAUUCAAGUAGAGGUUCUCUGCUGCUGAUAAAUCCUCUCCGUGUUUAGGCUGCCGGUUAUAAAGGCUACAGUUUUCUUUUGACGCCGCGUCCACCGAGCAGGCGAAAGUGAAAAGGAGCAACCUGUGGAAACCCAAGAGUCGAGCCAACAAGGCUGAGCACGCUCUCACCUGAUUCUGCAACACAUGCAAUUACUUGGCCACAACUGAUUAACUAAAGCUGCAUCUCUGGCACAAUCUCAUUAAAUAUUGGCAUGGAUGACUAACUUGACAAUCUACACGCCUUUACCUUUGGCAUCUUUGGCAUUGAGGACUGAGAAGGAAGUUGUUUUUUAUUUGACAGGUUCACUUAAGAGAGUUAAAGUCACUGAGGCAGGAGUGAAAGGUUUACACACUUACAGCUCCCUCUGAUUCACCAAGACUGUCCCUGCGCUGUGACCAUAACGUCACUGAUACCAACUGCUACUCACCUGCAACAACUUUCUUUUUCCAUUCCUCACUGAACCCGUCUACAGCGUCUGCUCACGCCUUUAAGCACCUCCUGUCUUCUCCUCUCCCUCUAAGAUUGCACAUAAACAAUAAUCUCAUUGAAUUACAUCAGUAAGAUGUCUGUGCUUUGAGUGGUUCGGAAGAAUUUGCACGAGGACAGAUUUGUAAAUGUCAUUCUAUAAACAGCGUCCUGAAUCAAAGUUUUCCCAUAAUGCACCUUGAUGUGCUAUCAUGUUAAAAAUAACACUGCAAACAAACGACUUGAGAUUAAACUUCUGGUAGUAAAUAUACAGUAUAUAUGUACUACUCUGGCUGUAUGGCAACAGAGACUAACACGGCAAACAAACACAGAGCUCAGCAGGCUACAGUAAAAAUGACACUACUGCACUGUGGCAUUCUUUACAUGGCUGUCAGCCAUCUUGAAUUGGUCUCAAGACUUCUGGGUUUCUACAGACGGCAGCGAGCGCUGAUCACAGAGAGUCGAAGUGGUGACAGGAGAGAAACUCAGCUGAGGUAAACCGAGCGUUAACACUGUUUUAGGUGAACUGUCGGAGACAACAAUUGUGUGGGAGGCGUGUGUGUAUGUGUGUGUGUGUGGUGCAUGCAUGGUGUGCGUAAGUGUGCAUGUGUGUGUGUGUGUAUUUUAGGUGUAAGACAGGUGGGAUCCAUUGGAGAUCUGAGAGGUGAUGCUGGCGCUCCUGCUCAUGCCCUGUUCAUUCCUCCCCCCAGAUGACGUCCUCCUCAUAGCCUGCGGGCUGUUCCUCACCCCUCCUGCGCCUCCCCCACUCCCCCUCUGACCCCCUCCUCCAGGGUGGUGGAGGCUCCAGGGUGGCGGGCCCCCAGCCAGCAUGGGGUGACCCCAAGGCUGCUGAGAGCUGGAGCCCCCCUGGUGGUGAUGACUGUGGUGGCCGCCUCCUCCUCCUCCUCCACUUCCAGGCCAGUGGCCUCCCCCCUGAGCUCCUCCACCUCCUCCCCCCCAGCCUCCCUGAGAAUCGGGGGCCAGGUUAGUAAGCACCAUGUUGCUGAAGCCGAGCCUCAUGGACUCUGAGUCAAAGGCCUCAAUCUCCCGGGCCUGACGCUCCAGCAGGGAGCGAAUUCGCUCAAGACGCUCGUUCUGCAGGGCGAGCAUCUCCUCCUCGAUCUGGGUGGAGCAGAUGAUUUUGAAGUUAAUGUCAGGUGAGAGGGAGAGAACAUUUCUGACAUUUGUCUUCUUAAACAACAAGCUAUAGUAAGUUCUUGGUUAAUUAACACUUAGAUAUAUAAUUCAUUUUCCCUUAUGUGUGUCAAAAGAAGAUAUUUCUAAAUAAAACAUCAACAAGACCGUACACAACUUCAACACUAAAGCACUCAGAAAGAAGUGAUUAAUAUACAGCCCAGAAGUCACAGCCGUGGUGUAAAAUUCACUCUUAAAAACACAGACACACAUCCUGGUCUAGCAUCUUUCUUACUUUCUGCUCCAGCAGAGCUCUCCGCAGAGAGACCCUCUGCUCCAGAUCUCUCCUCUCCUUAUCGUGCUGAGCAUCCGUCUGCAUCUUGAUCUUGCUCUGGUAUGCAUUGAGAAGCUCCAGCUCCUGCUGCAGCUGCAUCCUCAGAACCUGACACUCCCCCUCCUGAGCCUCGUCCAACCGCA